AUGGAGUUUUUAAAUUUGCGUCAUUCCGCUGUGAAUUCAAUCAAAAUAGUUUGGCCAGUGAAAAUUAAGAUUUUAGCAGCAGAUUUUGUGCAGGUCAUCAACACAGUUUCGAAUUUUGACACACUAACAAAUGGUACGAAAGUGUACAACCUGCUGGCAAUCACCGACAUGGACAAGGACGCCAAAUCCGAGGAAGACUGGACGUGGCGUGCAGUGACAAGGAGUGGAAAAUUGGUCAUCACUAAGGAUAAAAGGAACGUCUCGAUAACUUGGAAUCUGGGCUCGGAUCGCAAUCUUACCACACAUUUAAAUGCAAAAGGACGUGCGAUGGAGUUGUCGGAUUUGUCUGAGUUUAAUGGUCGACUUAUUUCACCGGACGAUAAGACAGGAAUGCUCUACGAAAUUAAAAACAAUAAGGCGAUUCCGUGGUUGUUCCUUAAUUCUGGACCAGGUAAUACCACACAUGGGAUGAAGGCUGAAUGGACAACUAUAAAAGGAAGAUAUCUCUACGUUGGUGGUCAUGGAGCGGUAAGAAGCAUUGACUGGAAGGGCGUCUACGGAAGGAUCCGUAGAGCUGUCAAUAUCACUGCACCCGGUUAUUUAACUCACGAAGCAGUACAAUGGUCUCCACAGCGCCGAAAGUGGUUUUUCCUUCCAAGAAAAGAAUCGAAAACGAUUUACAACAGAAUAGAGGACGAAAGAAAGGGCACCAAUCUGCUAAUUAUCGCAAAUCCGCUUAUCACAAAGUUUAAAGUUGUUAGAGUAGGAAAUCUCACGCACCCUGAGCGCGGAUUUUCGGCUUUCGAAUUCAUUCCUGGAACGGAAGACCGGCUUAUUGUGGCGCUGAAAUCCGAAGAAGUCGACAACCAGCCAACAGCGAGUUACAUUACCGUGUUUGACAUUAACGGUAGUGUCAUUCUCGAUGAUCAGAAACUCGAGCAACAGUAUAAAUUCGAAGGCAUCUACUUUGUUUAA